AUGAACGAUCUAGUGCAAAGUAAUGACCGUAAACCUAAAAGUGGCUUUUUUAAGAGCGUACGAAAUUAUUUUAGAGAAUAUUGUACGUGCACUAGCAUCCACGGAUUCAGAUACUUUGGAGAGAAAAGAACCAUCUUUGAAAGAGUUUGGUGGUUCAUAAUAUUUAUCAUUUGUCUUUCUGCUUGUACAAUUUCGAUCUACGCAGUCUACAAAAAAUGGGAGCGAAGUCCAGUAAUUGUGAGUUUUGCAACAAAAGGAACUCCUAUUUAUAGCAUCCCGUUUCCAUCAGUGACUGUGUGUCCUGAGUCAAAGUCCGCACAAACUAUUUUCAACUACACCAGCUUGUUACAAAAAAAGGAAGAUUUUAUAACAUUGACUACGGAAGAGGAAAAGCAGUUUGAGUAUAUGUCUUUAAUCUGCAACUACAGAGACAAUUAUUUAACUUAUAGUACAAAUGGGACAUUUCCGGAAGAAUUCUUUGAUGUUAUACAAUAUGUCAAACCACAGUUUAAUAUUAGAGAUUGUCACUACAUGGGUAAAAAAGAAAAUUGCAGUAAAAUCUUCACUCCCAUUAUCACGGACGAAGGUAUCUGCUACACUUUCAACAUGUUAGACAGAAAUGAAAUUUUUAGGAAAGACGUAAUUCAUUACAAACAUUAUCACCAAAUACCGCGUAGUGCUCAUCAGUGGAACAUGGAAGAUGGUUACACAGACGACUCGGGGGUUGACGCCUAUCCAAGACGAGCAUUAUUAGCAGGAGCAACAAAUGGUUUCACUUUUAAUAUCAUCACCUCAAAACAGGACUUAGACUACGCCUGUAAAACCUCGUUGCAAGGAUACAGAGUUGUGUUACACACUCCUAUGCGUCUUCCUCGCCCCAGCCAACAAUAUUUUAGAAUUCCACUGGACCAAAACGUCUUAGGAGCUGUUCAACCUGUUAUGAUCACCACAUCCGAAUCUAUUAAACUUUAUAAUCCAAGAAGACGACAGUGCUACUUCAUAACUGAAAGAUAUUUAAAAUAUUUUAAAAUUUACACGGCUCUCAAUUGCUUGAUGGAGUGCCUUACGAAUUAUACGUUACAUGUUUGUGGUUGUGUGAAUUUCUUCAUGCCACGAGAAAAUGGAACCAAACUUUGUGGCACCUCACACAUAGAUUGCAUGAGAGACGCCGAAUCAGCCAUGCAGAUGAAACACCUAAGAAAACAAUUAAAUAAACCAUUAAUUAAGCAUCGAAAACAUAAAAAGAAACCCAAAGUUGAUUGUGAUUGUCUACCUAUUUGUGCAGAUUUGUCGUACGAUGUGGAAACCUCUCAAACUGACUGGGAAUGGGAAAAGCAAAAAAAGGCUGACAGAAGAAAACACCGAAACUGUAGCGUAGCAGAAUCACAUCUGUCUUCUCUGACGAUAUUUUUCAAAUUUAAUGCUUUUAUUAGAUCUCAAAGGCACGAACUUUACGGACCGACAGAUUUUUUAGCUAACUUUGGAGGUCUCCUCGGAUUAUUUACAGGUUUCUCGGUUCUAUCUUUAAUGGAAAUACUGUAUUUUUUGUCCGUUAGAAUGAUCUGUAAUGUUCGAUUAUAUGGAUAUUGGGCGGGUAGAGAAACAUAGGAACAUGAUGUAUAGUACUAUAAUAUUUUUAUUAUAACGAAGAAGAGGCACGUGAACAACUAUUUAUAUUUAGAUUUUGCUAUUUCUCUAUUUAAGUUUCGUAGUUUUUUAAAGAGUAUACGACAAAAAAUACAAAACUUUGUAUAAGUUAACGUAUUUUCGAAAUCUAGAGGGUGCUGCAAAUAAAGUGUAAAAAACAACUAUGUAUUCUAUUAAUUGCUUAUGUUAAUUUUAUAGAGAUAACCACUUUAACAUGAAGACAAUGUGUUUGCAAAUAAGUGGAUUGGCAGAGGCAGUGUGAAUGCAUGUCCCCCUCGUAGU